AUGAAAGUGCCGCAGUAUCUGGCUGAAAUUGUUUCCGAAUUCUCGGGAUUCCAUCACACGCCCGACUUCAAAGCCUCCCGUUCCACUGGCGAUUUUGAGGUGUGCUCACGGAAAUCGUCGGGCAAAAACUCGAGAAGAUCAUCGACAGAAUCGAAGCAUUCCAUUAAUAUUUCCGUCGGAGUGGUGAGUAGAUAUUAUCGGUUUUGCAACUAUGUCCUACCUUUAGCACAAUAUCGUUAAUUCAAAACGUCAUAUCUCUGUGGCCGAUGGAGGUAUCAAAAAGAUGUCAACUAAGAAAUUGUUCAUUAAGAAAUGUUACACAUUUUAUUAGUUGACAUCUUUUUGAUAUCUCUACCGGUAGCUGAGAUACAUUGCUUUCAAUUAACGGUAUUCUUGGAUCACAUUGUAAAGUUGAUAAUUUUCAAUGCAAAAUCGUUGUAAACUAUUCCAAAUUUACAGGACCACAUCCCGACUGUGACCCCAUCGGACCUCCAACAUCAACGUUUUGUCAAGAGCGGAAACUCGUCCUCGUCCAUCUCGAGAAUGGCCUCGCUCAGUUCGGUCCAAGAAAAACUGCAGAGAAAACUGAAGAGAUCCGCGAGUUGCGGCUCCGAAGACGAAUAUUCGAGGCUUCUGGAAGCGCCCAGAAAAGUGUCUUCUUAUAGAGUUAUCGCGUAA